AUGGUUCUAUCCCAUGGAGCAGAAUUCGACAACGGAUAUCGUUUGAUGGACCUUUGCGAGCAGACAUAUCUCACCAUUUCAUUCACGUUUAAUGCGAAGCACGAUCUGGCAGGUCUGAAAAAAGAGGAAUACAGAAAGAAGUUCCGUCAACGAGUGUCGAUCAAGAUUGGAUUGCAGAUCAAGAAGAGAGUGGACGACGCUGACUCUUUCACUAAAUGCAUUCGGGAUGCUGCAAAGAAAACGCUCCCGGUUUCAGUGCCAGGAAGAACCUUUACCGAGGAAGAAAGUUCGCCUUUGCAUCUGCGGAAACAAUAUCCACGUACAAUUCUGUAUGCGUUGCUCGCACUACUGGUGAAUGAAUUCAGCAAGGAGAAGCGUCUGAGAAGGACGUUGCGUCAUCAGCUGAAACGUGACCGUGAGAACGAAUAG